AUGUCCUUCUUCCUGGUCGUCCUCAUGUAUUGUCAACGCGUUGUGAUCAAUAUAGCCAUAGUGGAGAUGGUGGAACAGACGAAGAAAACAGCAGCAACCAGCAACAACACCGACGAUACGUGUCCGAUGGAUCCUAGCCAGGAUUCCGUCAUAAAAGACAUUGAAGGCGGAAAAAUAGAUUGGUCCGAGCAAGAGCAGAGUUACGUCCUGUUAUCCUUCUACUUUGGUUACACGAUCGCGCAACUCUUCUCCGGAUUCGUGUGCGACAAGUACGGCGCCAAGUAUCCUCUGCUCAUCGGAGCAGGUUUAUCCUCUGCGGCCACCUGCGUCCUUCCCAUAAUCGUGAUGAGCAAGAUGGCUUCUUGGGUGCCGUGCUUGAUGCGCGCUGUCGCAGGACUCGCCCAAGCUGUGCUGUAUCCAGGUAUAACGGCUCUGCUCGCUCGCUGGGUGCCCUUGUACGAGAGAGGAACUCUUUGCGCUGUCGCCUAUUCGGGAAAUUCCAUUGGUAUAAUCGUCGGCACUUUAGGUACUGGUUUGAUGAUACACUAUUUGAACAACUGGACGUACGUCUUCUACAUUUGGUCUUCGUUCGGGUUGCUUUGGAUGGUUCCGUUCUGGGUGUGGAUAUACUCGGAUCCGUCCAAGCACAAGAACAUAACUCCCGAAGAGCUGCAGCUGCUCACCUCGACGAUCACGCCGCUGCAGACGCGCAACGCUCCGUUCAAGAGCAUCUUCCAGGAUAUGGCUGUGUGGGCCAUCGUCGUCGGGCAGGUCGGUCACGAUUACAUCUACUUCACCUUGGUCACAAAUCUACCGAAGUACAUGAACAACGUGCUCCACUACGACAUCAAGAACAACUCGUGGGCCUCGUCGCUUCCCUUCCUCACCAUGUACAUAAGCAGCGUGAUUUGCGGCAAAAUUUCAGAUCACAUCACGAUGACCACGAAUUUGAACAUAGGCGUCCUCCGGAAAGUCGCCACCACUAUUUCUGCGAUCUUUCCCGGCCUCUUCGUGCUGCUCGCCGGUUACGCCAACUGCAACAGGAUGCUCUCGCUGAUGAUGUUCUCGGUGGGGCUCUUCUUCAAGGGUCCAUACUACAGCAGCCUGAAGGUGAACUGCAUGGAUCUAACGGCCGUCUACGCCGGCAAUCUCAUGUCCAUCGCCAACGGGAUCGGCUCUCUGGCCGGGAUGGCCACUCCCUGGAUCAUCGGUUCAUUAGCUCCCGAUAAUACACUGUCGCAAUGGCACAAGGUGUUUUGGGUCGUGUUCGCCGUUCAAGUGAUCACCAGCAUAUUCUACAUAAUCUUCGCCAAAGGUAAGAGAGCCAAAUGGGAUCUGACCUACCAAGAAUCGGUCAUCGACCUGAGCACUCCGACGCCGGUCAAGAAAUGGUACAUGGAAAAGAACACGCACGUGUAUCGCGUGCUCAAGGAGGAGCGCCUGCGGAUCAAGCAGGAGGAAAAGGACAAGAAAAUCAAACAGAAAGAGGAGAGGCUCAAGGCGAAGAAGGAAAAGCAGGAUAAGAAGGAUGCGAAAUAG